GUCAACUACAGAGCGAGACAAACCAGGACACACGGACCAUGGACCACUGGUCCUCUCACCAGUUCUUCACACUGGACGUGUCGUAGACGUUUGGCGAUGUCCAGAGCCGUCUCUCCUGCAUCGUUGGCUGUGACGAUGACGACCAAAAUAACAGAGUGAAGAAACCUCACUCUCAGUGUGUGGCAGCCAAGGACACUGAUGGUUGAACUGCAACAACUGUUGGAGAUCACCACAAGGGUCUGGACCAGGGUCUGGACCAGGAAGAUGACCAGGAACAGGAGCCGGAGCAGGACCAUAAAUUAACAAUAUGUCUGUUCAAAGACUUAAAGCUCUUUUUGAAAAUCCUGGACUCAAUGAGGGACAGGGAGCAGCUGACGAAGAGGUCCAGCAGAAGGGGGCAGCACCUCUUGCAGCACCCAGACACAAACGGGUGAAUCAAUGUGAUGUUAGCCAUGACGGAGGUCGAAGUUUUCUUCAUGAAAGAUACAAAAAUUUAACAUCUGUGAAAAACGACGAAACUGACGGUGGGAGAAAAGAAGAAGAACAAGAAGAAGGCGGCGGCUACGGCAGCUCUGCAGGAUUUUAUGAUGUUUACGGAAAACAAAAAAAAUUUCUGUAUGAAGCCACGCUUGGAGAUGGCGAUGUUGUCAGCAGUGACAUCACCAGUUAUGAAGACAAUGAAAAAAGGGUUGACGCUGUUUACCACAAAUCUUUAAACUCACCGACGGUUUACGACCACGUUGAUGACGACGGCGACUACUAUGGGAUUUACGAGGCGAUCCCGGAUGUUCCCAGUAACCAGUACCAAUCCAGGAACCCCACGGAGCUGGACUGCAUCUUUAAGGGUCUGGAGGAGCACCUUGGUCUCUUCAUGAAGCAACAGCUGAGGACGUACAGACGGAGUCUGAGUCCAGACUGUCCAGAGUCCAAGGACCGGGAGAGUCAGAACCAGGACCAGGGGCUGGUUUACGCAGAGGAAGAGGAGGCGCAGGGAAGGAGGUGCAGGAAGGCCUUCUUUAAGAUCACGCUGCACUUCCUCAGAAACAUGGAGCUCCAGGAUCUGUGCAACACUCUGAAGAACAGAAUGGAAGCUGCGGUUUGUCAGAGAAAACUGAAAACCACCUUAAAGACGAGGUUGGAGGAAGAGCUGAAGGAGGUGAUGGAGACCUUCAGGAACCCAGUUUACACAGAACUGGCCAUCAUUAAAGAAGGAAGAGAGGAGGUGAAUCCAGAAUACCUGUUUGGAACAACUUCCUGGAAAAGAAACCCAACAGAAACCAUCAGACAGAACAAUAUCUUCACUUCCUGGUCUGGAGGAACUGGACCGACCAGGACCGUGAUGACCAAGGGUGUAGCCGGAAUUGGGAAAACUGUCCUUACUCAGAACUUCACCCUGGACUGGGCUGAGGACAGAGCCCACCAGGACGUCCACUUCAUCUUUCCCUUCAGCUUCAGGGAACUGAACGUGGUGAAAGAGAAGAAGUUCAGCCUGAUGGAACUGAUCCAUCACUUCUUCACUGAAACCAAAGACACCGGGAUCUGCAGCUUUGACCAGUUUAAGGUGAUUUUCAUCUUUGAUGGUCUGGAUGAGUGUCGACUUCCUCUGGACCUCCACGGGACUGAGGUCCUGACGGAUGUCACAGAGUCCACCUCAGUGCAGGUCCUGCUGACCAACCUCAUCAGAGGAAACCUGCUUCCUUCUGCUCGUCUCUGGAUCACCUCCAGACCUGCAGCGGCCGAUCAGAUCCCUCUAGACCUGGUUGACGUGGUGACCGAGGUCAGAGGGUUCACGGAUGUUCAGAAAGAGGAGUACUUUAGAAGGAGGUUCAGGGAUGAGGAGCAGGCCAACAAGAUCAUCUCCCACAUCCAGGCUUCUAGAAGCCUCCACAUCAUGUGUCACAUCCCGGUCUUCUGCUGGAUCACUGCCACCGUUCUGGAAGACGUGGUGAGGACCAGAGGGGGAGGAGCAGAGGAGCUGCCCAAGACCCUGACGGAGAUGUACGUCCACUUCCUGGUGGUCCAGUUUACAGAACCAAGUACUUGUGGGAGAUCAGAGCAAGAGAAGAGGAAGAUGAUCCAGUUCCUGGGGAAACUGGCUUUCGAGCAGCUGCAGAAAGGAAACCUGAUCUUCUACAAAGAAGACCUAAGACAGUGUGGUCUGGACACCAGGUCUGCUUCAGUCUACGCCAAGGUCUUCCCACAGAUCUUUCAGGAGGGAAAAUGUUGGUACCAGGACACGGUCUUCUUCUUUGUGCACCUGAGCAUUCAAGAGUUCCUGGCUGCUCUUUACGUCCACCUGACCUUCAUCACCUCUGGGGUCAACCCCAUGUCCAAGCAGCCAUUAGUGACCACUCCACGUUUAUAUAGAGUCUUCAAAGACAAGCCCAAACUGAUAGUCCUUCACCAGAGUGCCGUGGAACAGGCCCUAAGAAGUUCCAGUGGACAACUGGACUUGUUCCUCCGCUUCCUUUUAGGUCUUUCAGAGGACACCAACCAGACUCUGAUGACCAAGCUGCUCAAACCGACAGGAAGUGAUGUGGACGGAGGACAACAAACAGUGGAGUUCAUCUGUGAGAAGAUGAAGGAAGACCUUUCUCCAGAGAAGAGCAUCAACCUGUUCUACUGUCUGAAUGAACUCAAGGACCAGUCCCUGACCCAGGAGAUCCAACAGUCCCUGAGGUCGGGACAUUUGUCUCCUGCUCAGUGGUCAGCUCUGGUUUUCAUCCUCCUGUCCUCAGCAGAAGACCUGAAGGUGUUUGACCUGAAAAAGUUCUCAGCUUCAGAGGAGGCUCUUCUGAGGCUGCUGCCGGUGGUCAAGGCCUCUGCAAGAGCUGUGUUGAGCAACUGUGGUCUGUCAGAGCAGAGCUGUGAAGCUCUGGCCUCAGUCCUCAGAUCCCCCACCUGCAGCCUCAGGCACCUGGACCUGAGCAACAACCACCUGCAGGAUUCUGGAGUCAGACUUCUUUGUGAAGGACUGGGGAGUCCACAUUGUGUCCUGGAGAGUCUCAGUUUGUCAGGUUGUCUUCUCACUGACGAUGCCUGUGUUCACCUGGCCUCGGCUCUCAGUCUGAACCCCUCCCACCUCAGAGAACUCGACCUGAGCAACAACAACCUGCAGGAGUCAGGAGCCAAACUGUUGUCUGCUGGACUGGAGCACAGCAGCUGGAGGCUGGACAAAGUUAGGGUGAGCAGUGACGAAAGUCAAAGGUCAACCUCUGAUCUCAGGCAGUUUUCCUGUGAAAUCUAUCUGGACCCAAUCACGGCUCACAAGAACCUCAGGCUGUCCAACGCUAACAGGAAAGUGGACCAGGUGACCCGACCGUGUUCAUAUCCUGAGGACCGGGACAGGUUUGACAUCUUCUGCCAGGUCCUGUGUGGGAAGGGUCUGAGCGGCCGCUGUUACUGGGAGGUGGACUGGGAGGGACAGGUGGACGUGGCCGUGUCUCUGAGAGGAAUUGGGAAGAAAGGCUACAGGAAAACCUGCAGGUUCGGAGGAAACGACAUGUCCUGGUGCUUAAGCUGUUCAGCCGACGGUUACUCCGUGUGGCACAACGACAAGGAGACACCACUGCACACGUCUUUUGUCUCUCACAGGGUCGGGGUUUACGUGGACUGUCUGGCUGGAAUUCUGUCCUUCUACAGAGUACCCGACCGGUCGCCACUACUCCUUCAUUCCUUUACCUUUAAGUUCAGUGACCUUCUGUAUCCAGGCUUCCGAGUCUGGUUUGGUUCAGUGUCUUUGUGUCCCAAAGAUAUGAUGGCAUAGGUAAAUGUUAGUGGAAUUAGGAUGUCCCAAACCUGUGCCAGAGGCUACCCCUGCUGGGACUCAGACCAAAGGAAAGGCUGAGCUGCAGUUCCACAGACAAUUCAAUGGAAAUCACGUGAUUUAGGCGCCUCUUCAGGCAGCAAUGCCCCCGACAUCCAAUCAGCAACUAGUUUCACCUCCCCUGAAGUAAGCAGAGAAGUGAACAAUGGUGGACAAGCUUAUCAUCACCAUGUGAGGGCACCAACACUGCUUCUACGUCUUAUCGGGACUGGAAUAAGAACAGAGAGAAUGGGCUAAAGUUAGCUUCUGGUCUUAACGCAUUCUGCUACAAAAUUAGCAAAAUGUGUAGCAAAAAGCUAUAGCUUAGAAAAAGCCUGAUAAAAAAAGCAGGAUGUUAAAAAAAUUAAUUUAAUGACUUAAUGUCCCAAAGUUAGUCAUAACUGCCAAAGUGACUACUACAAGUAUGACAAUAAUAAUAAUUCUACAGGUGUCACUAAAGAUUUAAAAAAACUUAUAUUAAAUAUACAAAAAUCACAGACUGAAAUGAGUUGGACUCACCUCGUCCUGGUCUUGGUACCAGUCCUGGUCAGGUUCAAACAGUUUUAUAUUGAUUGUGUUUGAGCAGUAAACGCAUUUGUGUUGUUCUUGAGUUUGAGAAAUAAAUAAAUAAAUAAACAGGAACUGAUUUGUAGGAUCAACACUGGAACACUGAGUUCCUCCAAAUGGUACUUUGGUACUUAUGAAGGAUUCAGUGGAACUAAUACUGACACAGUAAUGACUACAAUCCACAGACUGAAGACGGAUCUUCACUCCAGCUGUGAUUUACACAUGAAGACAAAUGUUUUAAUUCCUGUUUUAAUUAGUGUCUUCAAGAGAUUUGAAAGAGGAAAUAAACUUUUUCAAAACCUUAAUAUCUCAUUCCUUCAGUUCUUUAGAGGGGAACUUUAACAGCGUGUUCACACCAGGGACAUCCCUAGUGGACAUGUGAGGAGUUCACACCAAGUUGUUUCGACUUUUUUAACCAACACAGAUCCACUGCUGCUCCAUCACUGAGUUCCUCUGUUGGAACUCAUCUGUUCAGACCAGCAGCAUCUGUGUCUCUGUAGUCAAAAUCAAUGAGAGGUGAAGGAAGCCAUCUACGUCAAUCUGUAGAAACCAUCUCAACAGAGGAGGUGGUUUGAGACACAACCUUUCAUCCACCUAUAAUGUCGUCCU